GGCUGCGCGCACGUGUAUGUACACGCGUCGAUAAGUUUGGUCUUUUGUGUAUCGUACGUGUCGCGUCUAUGUGAAGUACUGAUGGAUCGAAAAUUGAACAAGCAGCUCGACUGCUCGUAUUUCGUACUUCGUGUCUGUGUAGGAGCACUGCUGUAUCUAUGUAUGUGACACUAGCGCAACGAAGAGCGUAAGCGGGACUUCCGGUCGGGUGCUAAGGCAAGCCCAUGUGGUUGUUGAACGUGGUCGUCGGGAGACGUGCAUUAGCUUUACGCGUGGAACGUGAUUCCGUGUGAAAAGUCACGAUUCUGGUGUUCAGCUACUCGUCUCACAAACUUGGUUGAGAGAAGACGCUUUUCAGUAUUUUCUCUUCCUCUCGUGACGUGAUCCAAGCUUGUGGGUUUAGGUUUAAACCACUAGCAACCACGUCUACUCGUAGAUAGCCGUGUUCCCGGCGUGCUCGGCUCUUCGCUCUCUCGUAUCUUUACAAUAAGCUGACACAUAACUUUAUAUAUUGUGAUAGACAUUGUGAAAACAAGCAUGGCUGAUCUCGACGAUUUUUUCGCCAAAAAGGACCGCAAGAAGGGCAAGGGAAAAAAGUUCACCACCACCGAGGAAAUAGCCAAAAAACUCGAGGAAACUGGCAAGAAGGUAGACAAGCCUAAGCCCAAGGAAAAGCCGACCAAUGCCGAAAGCGAGGACAACCAACCGAUUGAGGAAGAAGAUGAGUGGAAGGAGUUUGAAGAAGAAAAGAAAGAUUACACAGGAUUGAAAAUUGGAAAUUUAACAGUGUCAGCGAUGGACGAUAAUGAUGUAGAUGAUGAUCGAGGAACUGGUGAUAAUAGUUCGGACGGGGAAUCGGGUGAACCUGGAGGCAAACACUUGGGUCCUUGGAAAAUGUCGCAAUCACAAUCGCAAGGCCAGCCAGAACCUGAGUCAACGCAGCCAACGCCACAACCUCAGCCUGUUCAACAACCUCCUCCAUCUUCUACUGGAGGAACUUACAAAAUACCACAUCUAAGGCAUGGAGCACCACCCCCAGAGCGUGUAGGUCCUGGUCCUCGUAUGAGAUCAAAGAAUAUAGCUCCAGAUAUCAACAGCGAAGAAUAUUUCCCCACACUCAAUGCCAAGCCACCUACUAACGAUGCAGUGGGAGCAUGGGGAAGAAAGAAACGUGAUGAAGGUUCUUUCGAAGAGGUUCGAAAUCGAGGUGCAGGAAGACAAGUUUAUAGUGCACAAGAAAAUCAACCUCAAGCUCCAAAGCUAUCCUUAGGAAAUAAAUAUGGAGCAUUGUCUCAAGAUCAAAGCUGA